AUGCAAACGAAUCAACAAGGGCACAUUAGUCAAAUAAACACGGGAGAAGGUAAAACCACAAUAGUCUGUCUUAUACAAGCAUUAAAAGUAAUGCAAGGGUAUAAUGGGCAUGUAAUAACUAGUAACAACGUACUUGCAGCCGAUGGAGUAAAAGAUAAACAAUUAUUCUAUCAGAUAUUAAAUAUUACUGCUGCUCAUAACAACCCGGAUGAAAAGUAUACGAACGGACCAAGGGAAUGUUAUAGUAAAGAUGUAGUAUACGGCAGUAUUAACAAUUUUCAAUUUGACUGGCUAAGAGAUUCAUUCGAGCAAUUGAAGACUUUAGGCGAUACGAACUUUGAUAAUAGCUGGGAGAUUAUGGGACGGCAAUCUGCAGAGCAAGAUAGUCCUGAGGCUCAAGCAGAACUCGAGUUAAAGAAUCAACGAGAAUUUGAAGAUUACGAAGAUGAAUUGAGAAAAUCGUUUUUAGAUAAAGUUAAAGAGAAGAUCAAAGCUAAAAAGAAUGAUUUAAUAAACAAAAAGCUAUUAGCAAGUCAUUUACAUCAAUAUACCGAAGAUAGUGUGGAGCGAUGGAUAGAAUAUGCAUUCAGUGCAAAAUAUCAAUAUAGCGAAAAUGUGGAAUACAAAAUGGCUAAGGGCCAAGAUGGUGAAAAUAUUAUAAUUCCUGUAGACAAUCAGAAUACCGGCGUUUCGAUGCAAAACACUAUAUUGUCUAAUGGGUUACAUCAAUUUUUACAAAUAAAGCACAAUUUAUGUUUAACAUAUGAAAGUUUAACUAGCUGCUAUGUGUCAAAUUUAGAUUAUAUUAAAAAAUACGGUACUAAGCUAUCUGGUGUCACUGGAACUCUGGGAUCAGAUGCCGAAAGGGGAUUACUUGGAUCAGUAUUUAAUUUGGGAUUUUCAGUAAUGCCUCCUUUUAAACCUAAGCAAUUUAUCUCCUUCUCAGGCAAAGUAUCUAAAGACGAGGAUUUUAUUAAUGAUGUAUCGGUUGCUGCUUUGAGCGAACUCACUAGAACCAGAAUGAAAAGUAAUGUAGAAGGAGAAUCAAAAGCAGAAGGUAAGCAAGUCGAGGUAGGAGCACCAAGAGCAGUAUUAAUAGUAUGUGCAAAGGUUAAAAAGAUAGCCGAAGAAAUAAAGAGAGAGGCUACGGCAGCUGGGUUAAGCCCUAAAAUUCGUAUAUAUACCGAUGAAAUGCAGGCACAUGUUAUAGAGGAAACAUUAGGUAUCAACGAAAUAGUAAUAGCUACUAAUUUAGCUGGCAGGGGAACAGAUUUUAAAACUACCAAGAAAUUGGAACAAAAUGGAGGAUUACAUGUUAUAGAAGCUUUCUUACCGUGUAACAAAAGGGUAGAAGAUCAGGGAUUUGGUAGGACGGCUAGACAGGAUACCGAAAAUGUAGAUUUUGAUCAAGUCCUCAACCAAAGAGAUGAGCUAGAAGCAGCACGUAUUGAGGACAUUAAGGAAAAUAAGAUAACGGAAUUGAAAUUUAAGGAUCUAUUAUUUGAGAAGUUCUCAUCACAAUAUGCGAGAUUAAAGAAUGAGCAUAAAACGGGAGCAGAUCCAGUCAAGGUACUCAAGCUGGGAAUGGAAAAGAAGCUCAUGAUCAAAGUGCAAGCAAAUCCUUACAUAAUACGAACCAAAAGCCUAACGAAAGGGAAUAUAGACAGCCUAAUAAAGCAGCUAAAUGGAGAAAAUGAAUUUGAAAAGCCCAAGGAGGCUCUUGGCUCUACCGACGGCAUUAUCAUGGAUCUGUCGAUGAGCUUGAGUAUGUCGUUAAGACUACCAUUAAGGCAAGAGUUAUUUCUGCAUAUCAAAGAGGUGACUUUAAUCGUCUAUCGAAUCAAGAGAUCAUUGCAAUUACUGGAAAAGUAG